GAAUUUGUCUCAUUGGCUGAGAUGGAGGAUACUUUGUUGAGAAAUCUUUUUCUGGGUUAUCAGAUGUGGGUGAGACCUGUUAUCCAUGCCAAUGACACGAUCACUGUUCACUUUGGUCUGAAAAUCUCACAGCUGAUGGAUGUGGAUGAAAAGAAUCAGCUAAUGACCACUAAUGUCUAAUUGUGGCAGGAGUGGACAGACUGUAAACUUCGGUGGAACCCGGAAGAUUAUGGUGGAAUCACAUUUAUUAGAGUGCGCUCAGAAACUAUCUGGCUACCAGACAUUGUCCUCUACGAGAAUGCUGAUGACCGAUUUGAGGGUUCUCUAAUGACCAGCAUUGUAAGAUUUAACGGUACCAUCAUGUGGACACCUCCAGCCAGCUAUAAAUCCUCCUGUACCAUGGAUAUCACCUUUUUCCCCUUCUAUAGGCAGAAAUGCUCAAUGAAGUUUGGAUCCUGGACAUACGAUGGCACUAUGGUGGAUCUGACACAUGUUGACCCAUACGUAGACCGUAAAGGUUUCUUUGACAAUGGCGAAUGGGAAAGACUCAACGCCACUGGACAGAGGGGCAGUCGUCAUGACGGCAUCUACUCCUAUCCUUUUGUCACAUAUUCUUUCAUACUGAAACAUCUCCCACUCUUUUACACACUCUUUCUCAUUAUUCCAUGUCUCGGCCUAUCGUUUCUCACCGUGCUGGUCUUCUACCUUCCGUCAGAUGAAGGAAAAAAGCUUUCGCUUUCCACCUCUGUCCUUUUGUCUCUCACUGUGUUUCCUCUUGUAAUUGAAGAGAUCAUCCCGUCUUCCUCUAAAGUCAUCCCUCUGAUAGGAGAGUAUCUACUUUUCAUCAUGAUAUUCGUCACAUUCUCAAUCAUUGUUACUGUUUUUUUCAUCAAUGUCUAUCACUGUUCCUCUGCCACAUACCAUCCCAUGGCACCUUGGGUUAAGAGCCUUUUUCUCCAGAGGUUACCCAGACUACUCUGUAUGAGGGGGCACACAGAUUGUAAUCAACCCCCCUACAUUGAGCUGCAAAGCCCAGAACUAAAACGAGGGCAAAAGAAGAGUGCUGGAGGAGGAAGAGGGGGAAUAAAGGAAGAUGAGAACCAGGCCUGGAUUGCCCUGUUGGAGAAAGCCACUAAUUCAGUGCACUACAUUUCCAGACACAUCAAGAAGGAACACUUCAUCAGAGAGGUGGUUCAGGACUGGAAAUUUGUUGCUCAGGUGUUGGAACGGAUCUUAUGGGUCUUUCACACAGUUUCUGUGCUUGGGACCGUCCUCAUCUUCACCACAGCACUUCAAUGUACCUAA